GUAUGUUUCACAGCAGCUGUUUGUGUAAAUUAGGGUUUAUAAUGUUGAAAUGUUCUGAUGGUGAGUAAACUAAGCUGAAUAAUCUAACGCUAACAAUGCUAGCUAGGGAUAUUGGGGCUGUGGAGCUAAAGUAAACUUGCAUGACGGAAUUAGUGAUCUUAGCAGCGAAGUGCAGCGGCUAGUGUGUGGCUAGCGUGCGGCUAGUGUGUGGCUGGAUAUUUCUCUUAGGUGUUAAUCUGUAUGUAAAUGUAAUUACAGUAACAGGGUUGCUGAUUGCUGGGUUAAACAGGUUUGAGGGCCUGUAGAGCUGUAGAACCUAAUGCACCGUUCAUGAGACCCGAUUUGCCUAGAUUUCGUUAGCAAACAUGAACGAAUUGAAUCGCGUUGGAUUGUGUUUCCGGUUUGUUUUUAGAGCAUCACGGGUGUUACGUGGGGUUUUGUUUUAAACUUGAGUUCAGCUCUUAACGACGUCAGCAGACGUUAUGACGCCACACUGAACUUUAAACAAGGACUCCACUGGGCUGAAAUUUACAUUCUCUCUUAUUAAUCCCUGUAUAGUUUCCUCCAGAACUACCUUUUUCUUUCUGACAUGUAAAUAAAUAAUAAAUAAAUAAAUAUGUGAAGAAUACUUUAAGCUUUGGCCAAGCACUCUGGCAAAGCUAGAACAGCUACAUCAGGAAGACUGAGCUGAUCAAUAUUUCAAGCUGUUCAGUGGAUCAAGGCAAUUAAGAUAAAAUGGAGAAAAUGACUGGAAGAAACCAAUAUAAUGGCUUCCAGUCAGCUACGACGAUGCAGCCUGCAACUGGGGGUCACACUUAUAUCUUCGCGAACAAUUCAGAGACGGAGUGCUCUGAGGAGGAUGGCGAGAGCUACGAGCUCCGCUCCAGAGGCAGGGAGAGGCUCCGGCGCAGUACCUCCAGAGAGCGAAAGGAUGACAUUGUCUACGUGAUGAGGGAUGUUAAAGAGGGGGACACGUUGAUUAGCAUUUCACUGCAGUAUUUCUGCUCUGUCGCUGAUCUAAAGAGAGCCAACAAUCUCCUGACAGAGCAGGACUUCUUCGCCUUGAGGUCCAUCAAAAUCCCCGUGAAGAAGUUUAGCUUGUUCACAGAAACACACAGCACGGCUCCCCACAAAACGAGCUCGCCCAGCGGUGUUCGCAGAGUCCUGGAGAUCCCGCCGAGCACAGGUUCCACAGACUUCCCUCCGUCUUCUUCCUCCUCCACCGACAGCGUGGAGUGCUUCCUGCAGGAGAAGGACAAGGACAUUGAGCUUCUGGUCAAAUACUCCAGCCCGUCCAGAAGCAGUCUGAGCGAGGUGGUGUCCUCGCUGAGCUCCCAGCAGCCUGUUCAGGGAGAGGCAGAGCGCAGGUCAUCCGCGAGGAAGGACCCGUACUACGGAGCGGACUGGGGUAUGAGGUGGUGGACUGCGGUAGCCAUUAUGCUGGUGGUGGGCAUCGUCACACCGGUGUUCUACCUGCUGUACUACGAGGUGCUGAUGAAAGCGGACGUUAGCCACCACACUACUACAGAGUCCAUCAGGCCCGAGCCUACACUCUCAAACUUUGGUGGUGCGCCUGCUCUGCCAGCAGCUAAGGCUGUUCCUCACCAAGAUUCCCUCAUACAUCCAGCUGUUGAACAUCCAGCAGCUGUUCUGGGACAGGAACAGAAAACGUAGAGAGGGAUGAUGUGGACCAGUGUGUUAGUUUGAGGAUUUUUCUAAGGACUUGUAAACAAAACCACUUUUGUAGUGAUAAAUGUUUGACCUUAAAAAGGACAUGCUCAAUAUUUUUGAACCACUUCACUACGGACGAAGCAGUGAUUUUGUGAACAAGUGCUUGACGUGCGCUACUUAAAAAGGCUAAAAUUAACUACUUGUGUAAGCUUCUGGAGAAGAUGAAAAGUGUAUCCUCAGUGAAAUAUAUGGAUGCACAGUAAUGCCGUCUUGGUAUUGGCAUAUUAUUUUACCAAUACAAUUGGUCUAGACCUUUCUCAUCACCAUCAAACUCUUAAAAAUAAUGUUCUCAAAAUAAUUCAGUUAUUAGAUUGAACAAGCUGUAGCUGUGAAGAUAAUUAUUGCUUUAAGUCCACUUUUUUGCAUUAGGGCUGUCCUGUUGUGAAUCGCCUGGGCGUUUGGUUCAAAUCUAUUGAAUUCAUCCUUUGAAAUGAAAUGAAUACAUGUUCUGUGAUGCAAGUCUCAAGCUGCCAUGCCAUAACUGCACUUAAUUGGGCAUUAACAGUGCCAUUGGAACUGCUCUGGCACAAAGUGUGAACUAGCUCUACCUGACUCAGUCCUUUAGGUAAUUUCCACAGGUUUUUUUUUUUUUGCACAGUUUUUACCCCGUGUGUGACGAAACCGUAUUAAACGUAAUAUUUGCCUCAGCAUUGAGCACAAAUGUGUAUUCAGAACGUCACACGGAUGACUGAUUGUCUCUCUUGUCAGGGAUGUGUAUACACACACACACACACACACACACACACACACACACACACACACACACACACACACACACUAAUUUAUUCUAGAAAAUGGUCAUAAUUGCAAAAACAGUAUUGAUGGUGAUUUCUUUUUAACUUUGCUUGAAAGGUCUGUUUGCCAACUACAAUGCUGAAAUCUCUAACUCUUGACAAAGUGAUGUGAACUCUUUAAUACUUGUGGAAAUUCAAGUUGUAAUCUCUUUAGCCAUGACCAUUUUUUGUUAAAUGAUGAAUUUGAGCAGUAUGUGCCUUCAGCCUGUAGAAUGUAGUUGCAGGUUGAAAAUAAAUGAAUUAUAUUUUACUA